AUGAUUUCGGAAGGUUAUUGCAGUGGUCGAGGCGAGACAUCACGAGGCAUCGGCAGUGAGUUUUAUGAUAUCUCAGACUAUAAACUGCAGGACUCCGCAUGUAGGAAUGUGAGACCUAGGCGGCUCUUUGAGUUAGCGGAGCGGGAGCGGGGCCUCGAGCGCCGGGGCGGCGGGUGUCCUAGUGCCGAUGACAGACUUGCUGCUCGGAGCCGGGGAGUGUGUGGGGGUGGGGGUGAUAAAGCCCAGCACCUGCCUGUCUGCGGGGACCCAGUGUUGGGCCUCUGCCCCAGGCGCCCCCGGCCCCGCCUUGCUGCACACCGCGUCCUGGCUCUGCGCACUCCGGAUGAAGACCUAGUUUGCUUUAAAGAUAUCAAACCAGCAGCAUCUCAUCAUUACCUUGUGGUGACAAAGCAGCAUAUUGGAAACUGCACAGAUCUAAAGAAAGAGCAGAUAGGACUUGUUGAGAGCAUGGUUACUGCUGGAAAAACCAUUCUUAAAAAGAAUAAUUUCACUGACUUCGAAAAUGUGAGAAUGGGUUUCCAUAUGCCACCAUUCUGUUCCAUUUCCCACUUGCACCUUCAUGUCAUAGCACCAGUUGAUCAGCUUGGCUUCUUAUCAAAAUUGGUUUAUAGACCAAAUUCCUAUUGGUUCAUCACAGCUGACUAUUUGAUUGAAAAACUAAGAACAUGAAAAUGACAGCAGUGGAAGAUUUUCUUAUUCUUGGCUCAACAGACACUAAUAUUUUGGUCCCUUUUAAAUCAAAUUAUAAUGGUAAGGUUUGUUGGGUUUUAUAAGAGGCUAUUACUGGGUAGCCUUAAGUCUUUUCUGAAUGUCUAUUUCCUGAGAUCUGUAAUAUAUGACUACUCUGGCAUUGUCUUCUUUGUUUUAAUGGUUACUUGUCUAAGGUAUAAGAUACUACAGAUAAAAUUUUAUUAAAACAAAUUCUGUUAAUCAAGAAGGGCUCUGUAUUUUUUAAAAGUUCAAGUAUUUUCGUUUCUCAUUAUUGUCAGUUAUAAUAGUGAUUUAUUAUGAAGAAUAAAUGGGUAUAGAAAGUA